AUGGCUGAGUCAACAAGGAAGAAGCAGGAUAUUUAUCUUCUAGGCCAGCUUCUAAAAACUGCCAUUUUGGGUAACAAGUUACCAGCGAAAAAGGUACUUCCAAUAUGGCAACGGGCCAGAAUUCCUACAACUCAAGAAUACAACGCCAUUAAGAAGCUGGAUGAUAUGUUUAAACUGUGGCAAGGAUUAAAAAAACAUUCUAAGAGAAACUCAGAUGCUCAAAGACGUCAAGAACAAGCAUUCGUUCAUUCACGAAAAGAUAUGUUUGAUAUAGCACAUGCUAAUGCUAUUGAACUGAUUCAGAUACAAGAAGACAGAGAAUUUUUGCUGGCCCAAAGGGAACCGGGACGGCGUGGUUAUAUGAGUGGUGUAGAUAAAAAUCUGGCGCUGAAAGAGGCACGCUCGUAUGAAAGGAAAAGAAGACAGGAGAAUUUCAAAUUAAAGUCAGCCCAGGCGCAGGAAGAGAUCACUGCCGGUGAUUGUUCAGCUGAAAUAGAGCACAGUUCCAGUGAUUCAUCGUCAGAAUGUGAAUCAGAAGAAGACAGCAUUGCCAAACGUGUGCAGGUAAAACGAAGUAGGAAAAGCUUCGAUGUCCCGUCCACAUUGUGCAAUCUUCUUAGUGCCGCUAGACAUGAUCUCCAGCUAGUAAAGAAAAUCCAACAAUUCAGAGAUGUAGACCGUGAAGUUUCUGUUGCCGCUGCAAACGCACUUUCUAGACAUCUAUGGUAUGUUAGCGAGGAACUUGUUGGAGCUGCGUUUUUCGAUGAUCAGAUUUCUCACGAGGAGAAAGUGUUGAUGGUUGAUGCUCUGUCAGUGGAAUCAAAAACAACCAACGACUUCACCAAAAGAGUGCAGAUGAAUGUUAAUGACAUAUCUGAUGAAAUGUCUGUCAAAGACUUUGUGUCUUCGAACACCAUGCAAUUCUUUGCAAUCCUCGGACUGCCUGACUCAUUUCUAAACAAGAGACCCUCCGAGUGGAGAGAAGAUGAACAGUACAAGAAAGCUUUUGAAGUUGUAAGCGGUAUAAAGCCAGUCAAUGAUUUUGCAGAGAGAGGAGUUGCUUUGAUGCAGGAUUUUAACAGAGCAAUAGAAUCGUCUGAAGAACAAAAGCAGUAUCUUCUGCAAGUUGUUGAGUACCAUCGUACCCAAAGAAAGAGACAUUAG